AUGGGCCUCGCAUGCCAUCAACUUCCCGUAUGCACGACCUUCGAAAGCUCAUCCAAGACGGCUGGGAGCUACGCAUUUGGCAUCAAUGGAGAGACCGAUUUCGUCAACAUCGACCCGGCACAAUCAGACUUUGACCAUGUGAAUCAGAGAGUUCACGGAGGCGGUGGAACUUCAGAGUAG